GCAAACAUGGCUUUACUCAACUUAAACGUUCUGUUCACACUUCUCUUAGGCGUUGAUAGAACUCAAAAACAUUUGAACUUUACUGAGUUAACUGAACUGAGUGGAUAUCAGUCUGAGGAGCAUACAGUGGUUACCGAAGAUGGUUAUAUCCUGAAUGUGUUUAGGAUAACAAGAGGUGCAAAUUGUGUGGGGGAGAUUAAGCAGACGCCUGUGUUCUUCAUGCCUCCGUUGCUUUCUGCAGCCGAUACGGCUUUGGAGCCUGGACCGAAUGCAGCGAUGCCUUACCUCAUAGCGGACGCCUGCUUUGAUAUCUGGUUAGGAAACCCACGAGGCACGUACUACGGGCGGAAGCAUAUGCGACUCGAUCCUGACAAAAACGAGGAGUUCUGGCAGUUUUCUAUGAACGAAAUCGGCGCUUAUGACGUACCUGCGAUGGUCGAUUACGUACUGAACAAUACGAGGAAAGAGAAAUUGAUUUAUCUUGGAUUUUCUCAAGGAGCCGGGUCGUUUUUCGUCAUGUGUAGUGAAAGACCGGAUAUGUGCAAGAAGAUCAAACUAAUGAUCGGUUUGGCGCCAGCUACGAGACUUUGGAACACGAAAUCAGCCUUUUUAAGAAGACUGUGUAAGAACGCCGAAGAAAAUUUGGAUGCUUACGACAGUAUGCAAAUUUGGGAAGUUUUCGGAAGAGACCAAUUUACAGCAACAGUGAAUGAUUUAUGCCGAAAUAACGUUAAAAUGUGCCAAUGGCUUGUAUCUUUAGUGGAUUCUUCGCAUCCGGGAUCUGUAGCCACUUCGACAUAUAAAAAUAUGUUGGAGCGUUUUCCAGCCGGGACGUCAAUUCGAAACAUGGUGCAUUACAGCCAAGGAUUGCGGAGUAAGAAAUUUGUCAAGUUUAACUAUGGAACAGAGAAAAACCUAAAAAUCUAUGGUCGUCCGGGUCCUCCAGAAUACAAUUUAACAGCAGCGGAUUUACCUAUUUUACUUAUAACGGGUAAAAAUGAUGCAAUAGUAGAUGUGAAAGAUGUGAAAUGGUUGGCAAGUAAACUGCCAAAUGUGAAAGAGUUUUUGAUAGUUGAUGACCCAAUGUGGAACCACGUGGACAUGUUUUAUAGUAAAUUUAUUAAGGAUAUGAUUUUUCCUAAGAUUUUAAAUUACCUUCUUCGUUAUAAUGAAAAGUGAAAAUCGUAAAAUGUUCUAG